AUGGUCAACGAUGGCUCUGAGAGCCCUGAGAUGGCUACGCCGGAGUACGAAGGCGCUGUCACAUCUCAGCCGAGCGCCACCGUGAUCCUAGCUGGCUUAGUCGGCAAGUCCGUUUCUCUGCCGCCCGAGAAGGUCAAACUGGGAAAGGAAAUGAAUGGGUCACGAGAGGCCCCCACGGCUAUUCGGCCUAUCUUGGUAGAGCCUGGCCAUGUACUUGUCGCUCUUCAGUCACCCACCUGGGCUGUGGUGUCUUGGUGUAUUGCCUGA